UCGAAAAAGGGUCUCUCUGUAUAUUUUCAAUGAAGUUUCCUUCUCUCUCUAUACUGGGUUUCGUGUGCCGAUAGUCUUGUUUUCUUCUCUUAAAUAUAAAUAAAUAUAUUUCUGACUCUGUUCAUAAAUGUUUUUUUUUAAGAAAUAAUUUUGAUAGUUGAAACUUUAAAGCUGCAAAGGAAUCGCCGUGGACAGCAAGUGGGUGCGCCGGAUAAGAGGUUGCACACUCUUUCCAGUUCUGAGCAAAUACAUAUAUGUGUUGUGUAUUGACAAUAUGUAGUUUAUAGACAGAGAGGGAGAGAGGGUUUUUUUUUAUGUGACGAUGAGACAAGGAAGUGGAGGGGUAUAUUCAGAGGUCGGUAUCUUUGGGAGAUAAAAACAAUAGACAGAUCAUUCAUGUUUUGAUCUGCGUGCUUGAUGCUAACUGAUGAGAUUUCUUGUUGCGACAAAGCCCCGCCUUAAAAAUUAACUUUUUGCCGGUUUUGUUUCUUUGAUUCUGGUCUCUGGGUAUGGCUUUGGCUUUGUCUCUCAAAAUUGAUUGGUCAUUUUGGUGAAAUAUGAGAUUCCAUGACAUGGAUCGAUCAUGAACCUUCUUUUGCUCUUUUGGGUUUGAACAAGUAUCUAAUUUGAUGAAGUGGGUCGUGUGAAUUUUGGGAACACGAUCCAUUGUGGGGAUUACUUUUUUGACUGUGAAGGGGUUUUUUUUUAUGGUAUUGGGUCUCUGGUGUUCUGUUGUGAAGAUGGGUUCCUUUGUUGAGUUACUUUGGUUGUAGUCGAAGUGGAGAAGCCGCGAAGCUAACAUUAUGGGUUCUGUUGAAGAAAGUAUCAAAGCUAGUGGCCUGGUAACUGGGUCACGGUCAACAUUUGUGGAGGAGAUGAAGUUAUUGAAGGAAAUGCAGGAUCAAUCUGGGACCCGGAAGCCAUUAAAUUCCGAGUUGUGGCAUGCUUGUGCUGGCCCCCUUGUUUCAUUGCCUCAGGUUGGGAGUCUGGCUUAUUACUUCCCUCAGGGACACAGCGAACAGGUAGCAUAUUCCACCAGGAGAACGGCAACAUCACAAAUUCCGAACUAUCCAAAUCUUCCAUCUCAGUUGCUGUGUCAAGUUCACAAUGUCACUCUGCAUGCAGACAAAGAUACUGACGAAAUUUAUGCACAAAUGAGCCUUCAACCUGUGAACUCGGAAAGAGAUGUAUUCCCUAUUCCAGAGUUUGGAAUAAAGCCCAGCAAACAUCCAAGUGAGUUUUUCUGCAAAACCUUAACUGCAAGUGAUACAAGUACACAUGGAGGCUUCUCAGUGCCACGCAGAGCAGCAGAAAAGCUCUUUCCUCUGUUGGAUUACACAAUGCAACCACCAAGUCAAGAGCUUGUUGUCCGAGACUUGCAUGAUAAUACAUGGACAUUUCGUCAUAUAUACCGUGGGCAGCCAAAGCGACACCUUCUCACAACUGGCUGGAGCUCAUUUGUUGGUUCAAAAAGGCUUAGAGCUGGUGACUCGGUUCUGUUUAUCAGGAACGAGAAGUCACAUUUAUUGGUGGGGGUGAGACGUGCAAAUCGUCAACAAACAACUUUACCUUCGUCAGUUCUCUCUGCCGAUAGCAUGCAUAUUGGGGUCCUUGCUGCUGCAGCUCAUGCUGCAGCCAGUCGAAGCUCAUUUACGAUAUUUUACAAUCCAAGGGCAUGCCUUUCAGAGUUUGUUAUUUCUCUUGCCAAGUACCGGAAGUCUGUAUAUGGGACUCAAAUCUCAGCUGGCAUGAGGUUUGGAAUGAUGUUUGAAACGGAAGAGUCAGGGAAACGAAGAUAUAUGGGUACGAUAGUUGGUCUUAGUGACUUAGAUCCGCUAAGGUGGCCUGAUUCCAAGUGGAGAAAUCUUCAGGUAGAAUGGGAUGAGCCAGGGUGUUCCAAUAAACAGAAACGAGUUUGUUCGUGGGAAGUUGAAACUCCUGAAAGUCUCUUCAUUUUUCCCUCUUUGACUUCAGGCCUCAAACGACCAUUUCAUACCGGAUUUUUUGGAUCAGAAACUGAAUGGGGAAGUCUAGUAAAAAGACCACUCAUCCAGGUUCCUGAAAGUGGAAUUGGGAAUUCCUCAUACUUGGGUUCAAACAUAUGUUCAGAGCAGCUGAUUAAGAUGCUUGGGAGACCUCAAGUUAACUAUCCUGGUGUGUUCACAACGCCUGAUCAGUUCUUAUCUCCCCACCAACACAAUUCUGUAGCACAUGGAGCAGUGGGAGAAGAUCUAAAGACGAUGCAGGCUACAACAAACCAAAAUCUUCAGAUUAGGUCCUCACAGAACUUGCGUGUAUCGGAUCAAAAGUCCUCCCAAGUCUCCCUUGACCAAUCUGAUGUCAAGAAGUCCGAUGCAACGAAAAUACUUCCUUCAAACAAAGAUUUAAAUGAAACGCCAGUUACAACUGGUACUGAGAAUCUAAAAUUAGAGCCUGAGAAUGCAACAAAUCAGUUAAGCCAGCUAGCCUCAGUAGGAGGGGUCAUUGAGGAAGAGCCUUCAGUAAGUUCAAUAAAUUCACAGAUCUUUGUAAACCACCCUACAUUUCCUAACUCAAAACUGGGUUCAUUGCUGCAGCCUAAUGUCUGGUCUGUGCAGCCGCAGUUAGAAUCACCUGUUCUUCAUUCCCAACAAACUACUCUAGCCCAAGUUGCUCCUAAUGGUCUAAAUAGCUUACCUCCUUUUGAAUGCAAUGAUGACUGGAUUUCAAAUUCUUCAUGCCAACCUCUCAGUGGGAUGUACAAAUCUCACGGGCCUUUGUCAGUUAUGGGGUUACAAGACUCCUCAGUAGCGUUCCCUGAAGUCAUCAAUCCCUCUCUACCCUCAUUGAGUCCAGAAAUGUGGGAUCCGCAGCUGAAUAACUUGAGAUAUUUAUCCCAAGCUAACGAACUCGCUCAGUUAGCUCAGCAAGACCCAUGUGACCUUAAUUCAAACAGACUGAAGGAUUUAUCGGAUGAGAGCAAUAAUCAAAGUGGGAUAUAUAGUUGUGUCAAUAAUGGUGGAAGUGCUAUGAUUGAUCCUUCUGUUUCCAGUGCCAUUCUGGAUGAGUUCUGUGCAUUGAAGGAUUCUGAUUUCCCAAAUGCUUCCAAUUGUUUGGUCGGAAACUUCAGUUCCAGCCAGGAUGUUCAGUCUCAAAUUACUUCUGCAAGCCUUCCAGAGUCUCAAGCUUUCUCUCGUCAAGACUUCCCAGACAGCUCUGGGGGUACAUCUUCUAGUAACGUGGAUUUUGAUGAGAGCAGCCUUUUGCAGAAUAGUUCAUGGCGACAAGUAGCUCCUCGUGUGCGGACAUAUACAAAGGUUCAGAAGACAGGAUCUGUUGGGAGAUCAAUUGAUGUUACAAACUUUAAGAACUAUGAUGAAUUAUGCACUGCGAUUGAAUGCAUGUUUGGACUCGAGGGGCUACUCAACGAUCCAAGAGGGUCAGGUUGGAAGCUGGUAUACGUGGAUUAUGAGAACGAUGUUCUGCUUGUUGGUGAUGAUCCUUGGGAGGAAUUCGUAGGCUGUGUGCGUUGCAUCAGGAUUCUAUCACCUUCAGAAGUUCAGCAGAUGAGCGAGGAAGGAAUGAAGCUUCUGAACAGUGCCACAAUGCAAGGCGUCAAUGGCUGUGUUUAGGGAGGUGGUCGCGCUUCAGUUGAACUCCAAUGGCUCCACUCUUACGGAGGUGGUGGCUCCACUAUGUACCUGUAACACGGCAACAGAUUAAGGGAUUUGUAAAAGCUGGAGUUUAUUGUAUUAAUGGGUAAUAAUCAUUUGUUAGCAGAAUUUGUAUCACAGAGGUAAAAAAACUUGGCUCUUUAGAAACUCUCGUGAUUGAAAUUGAUAGGUUAAGUGGUCUCAUUCUCAGCACCUCCUACCCAAGCAGGCCUACUUUGAUGUAGAGUUUGAAACAGAAAAAUGAACUAUUUAUAGUUUGGUAUCCAAGUAUGGGUUAUUGCCUUUCUUUAAGGUUGUCCCAUUAUCAAUUAACAUGUUUCGUGCGAA